UCUCAAUGCCCAUGUACAAUUGAAGUAGGAACCAGGAACCGGCUUAUCACUACAGAUUUACCAUGGCAAGAUAUUUAAACACCUUGGUGUAUAAUUCCGGAAGAACUUGCUGUCCUCACACAGUAUAAAGUAAUGCCUGAAGCACUACUUUUAUUCAGGUGUGUACAGUGAUGGUGUGACAGUCUCCGGUAUCUCUCUUGGAGUUGGUGUUAAACGGAAAGAAUGAGCGGAGUCGCGUUAGGGAUAGAAAUCGUCGUCGUGUUUUUCUUAGCGUUGUUUCUCCUGCACCGAUAUGGAGAUUUCCGUAGACAGCACCGCAUGGUUCUGUUUGCCACCUGUAUGGCAUGGUACCUCUGCUUUCUUAUCGUUUUCAUCAUUCCUCUGGACGUCAGCACGACUAUUUAUAAUCAGUGUAAGCUGGAUAACACAGUUCAUCAAACAACAAUUACACCCCUGAAUCGAACGUCAAACUCCACUGUCCUUCCAACACAAAGAAUUCCGAAGGUUUGUCACAAGCCGUGGAGUUAUAUCCCUGAUGGAAUUCUGCCCGUGUUCUGGAGGGUGGUGUACUGGACUUCCCAAUGCUUAACCUGGCUGCUCUUGCCCUUCAUGCAGUCCUAUGCGCGUUCUGGAGGUUUCUCUGUCUCUGGGAAAGUGAAGACGGCUUUGAUAGAGAAUGCCAUCUACUAUGGCACAUACCUGCUCAUCUUCUGCUCCUUACUCAUUUACGUGGCUGUCAGCCCAAAGUGGCACCUGUCCUGGUACGACCUGCGGAUCAUUGGCAUCACUGCUGCCAACACCUGGGGUCUGUUCCUGCUGGUGUUGUUGCUAGGUUACGGUUUGGUGGAGAUUCCACGGUCCUGUUGGAAUGCCUCGUGCCACGGGUACCUCCUGGCCAAGACGUACUUCAAAGCCGCCAAGCUGAUGACGGAGAAAGCAGACGCAGAGGAGCACCUGGAGGACGUGAUGGAGGAUGUGCGGAGUGUGAAUGAGAUUAUAAAAUAUAACCAUCCUCUGAGGAAGUGCAUCGACACCAUUCUCAGAAAGUGCCCGGUGGAGUACCAGGAGAAGCUGGGCAGAAACAUGGAUGACUACGAGGAUUUUGAUGAGAAGCAGAACCCGUACCCGUCCAAAAAGAACCUGGUCAAACUUCAUAAGCAGGUGAUCUACGCCGUCCAGAGGCAGAACAGAACGCGGGUGCAGUGGCAGAACCUACUGGACGAUGCCUUUCACCUGGAGGAUGUGGCUAAAAAUGAGAGCAGUUCCACUCGUCAGUUCAUCCACAGUUUCCCCUCCUCUGAGGCGCCGGGACUGGUCCGCAGAUACCUGUACACGCCCACCGUGGAGUGGUACUGGGAGUGUGUUCUGAGGCGCUGGUUUUACCGGCUCCUGGCGGUGGUGCUGUGUUUGUUAUCGGCGGCUGUGGUCUGGUCUGAGUGCACGUUCUUCAGCGUACAGCCUGUCCUCUCCCUCUUCGCCAUCUUCAUCCAGGUCGCAGAGAGAGAAUACAACUACCUGUACAUAGAGAUGGCGUGUUUCAUCACCAUUUUCUUCCUGUGUUACUGCGUUUAUUCUACUGUGUUCAGAAUCCGUGUGUUUAACUAUUACUACCUGGCCCCCCACCACCAGACUGAUGCCUACAGCCUUCAGUUCAGCGGCAUGCUGUUCUGCAGGUUGACUCCUCCUCUGUGUUUGAACUUCCUUGGUGUAAUUCACAUGGACUCAGCCAUCUCUCACCAACAGAGGGAACAGACAGCAUACACAUCAAUCAUGGGCUCGAUGCGGGUGUUGUCGUUCAUUGCGAACGGUUUCUAUAUUUAUUAUCCCAUGCUAAUCGUCCUACUGUGCAUCGCUACCUACUUCAGUCUGGGAACUCGUUGUCUGAAUCUUCUGGGCUUCCAGCAGUUCAUGGGGGAGAGUGAUAUGACCUCUGACCUUGUGGAUGAGGGGAGGGAACUCAUUCGCAGAGAGAGAAGAAAAAGACAGAGGAUGGAGGAAGGAGAGAACAGGAGGAAGGAAUGGAGAGAGAAGUAUUCUGGGCGGAGCAGAAACACAUACUCAGAGCUGAAGGAAUCAGAUGCUUCCAGUGUGGACAGUAACAGAGUAUGUCAGACGUCUCGGCGGGACCUGAGUGAUCGAGCUGAGUUACUAGACGAUGCUGAGCCAAUGGACUUCACAGGAGAGGAACCACUUGACAUGGAUAACAGGAGAUUCACGGCUGGGCGCUACCUCGCCACCUCCUCUUCACGUGCACGCAUCUUUGAUGAUGUAUGAACAAUACGGAAAGAUAGAAGGAUUACGGGAAAAGGGAAGAUGUCCACUUUUUCACUCCUUACCUCCCAGGAAGGAGUCUGUGUCCUCAAUGCUGAUGAAAACACAUCAAUGUUCUGUAUCUGCAACAAUAUGUAUUUCCCAAACAGAAACACAGAAGCACAUUUGGGUUUCUGAAGAUCUUAUAUUUGUAGUGAUGUCCCUCUGAAAUCACAGUGUCGCUGUUGUUUUUGAUUUUGAAAAAGAACCGUGACUGAAUCAUUGUUAAAAGGGAAUGAAAAGACAUUUUGAUCCGGUAUUUUCAGUUUCAAAAACAAAUUCACUCUCUCCUAUUAAUUUUUGACUGGCUUUAAGUGUUUUGAGUUGAGAGUCUGUUUUCUUCAAAAAGAUAAAAUCAAUGUUUCAUCU